AUGGAAGACGUCAUCGACACCCCGCAGUCAGAUGUCUUCAAGGCAUGUCAAGCUCUCGAAGAGAGUAUCACAGUGGUGGAGGAGAGUGCUUCUGUAGGACGGACGGACUCGUGGCAGAGCAGCCGAGAGGUGAUCGGUGGGGGAACACGACAUUCGGCGAUACAGUCGUCAUCGUCAGGGGGUGUCACCAUCGAGGAGAUUGGCAGCAAGCAGUUGCAUCAAUGUCACAAGCGAGAGGGAGGUCCUCUAGCGGGAAACCCGUAUUAUUUUACAAAAACCAUUGAGGGCAUGUGCGAUGAAACAUGCUGCCACAGGCUUGUCUCACUUGUCAACUCAGAUCUGAUUCUAGCAGUCUUUACCUGGAACAACACUUUGUUAACAGCACUGGACACCACCACACCUGUUAGGACACGCACAAGCACAAACUUGUUAGCGCUUGUUAGGGCGCGUACUGACCCUGAGCAGAAGCUGGUAGUCGUUGAUGCGUUGCACGGGAAGCUUGAGGUGUUCGGAGAGACUCUUGUCGUCGCCAAGUUGUUGGCUGAGUUCCUCAAAAAAGUCUCUGGUUUCAUCAUUAUCCAAAAGGAAGUCUUGAGCAGCAGGUUCGUCUCUGCAAUAAGUCACGUGCUUAUCAAAAUCUCUCUCCAGUCUGAGGAAUGUUUUGCCCAACAUGUGAGGCUGUUCUGCAUAGUACCUAAGCCCCUCGAUCAGCGUUGUAUUGUGGAAUUCUGCAAUCUUCUUGAGGUUCCCGAAGAUGACAUCCUUGUUAUCACGCACCACUCUGGGAACACUGGGACUGUCCAGGGGUUUCAGAUAGGCGUCAAUCACCUGUUGAAUAUCUCUUCCGAACUCCUCCUCUGUUUCUACUAGCUCUCUGAUAACAACUUCUCUGCUGAAUUUUGCAUCGUUUGUCUUCAGUACUUCCGGUGAGUCUUCGUGAGUAUUGAGAAGUCCUGCAGGCACCCAUCCUUGUCGCAUUGGGUCUUCUAUUGAUU